UUUUCAUUAAAUAUUUAAACUGGAUAGAGUACACCAAAGUAGUGAGUGUAUUUAAUUGUCGUAUCAAAUAUAAUAAUAAAUAUACAAAAUGAAGAAUAUUAUUAUCUUUACAACUGCUAUAGCUAUAUUUACUUUUAUAAAUUUUUCUCCAACUGAGGCUAGAAUGACUAUGACACAAAUUAGAAAUGCUAUGAAACCACUGGGUAAAACAUGUCUAGGAAAAACUGGUCUUAGCAAAGAGGUACAAGCCGGACAACACAAUGGAGAAUUUCCAGAAGAUGAAGCUCUAAUGUGUUAUCAUUCGUGUCUUCUUAAACUGGCAAAAAUCUCUGAUAAAAGUGGUAACAUUAAUUUGGAUACUAUAAACAAGCAAAUAGAUUUAAUGAUGCCCGAAGAUUUAAUAGCUCGUGCAAAAGCUGUAACUGCAGAUUGUUUUGGUGAAAUUAAAUCUACGGAAAUUUGUAGAAUGAGUUUUGAAUUUGUCAAAUGCUAUUUCUUAAAUGGUCCAGAGGCAAAAUCUAUAAAAGAUGUAAAAAUAUUUUUACGCAACUCAUUAUGCCAAAUAGUGAUUGACAGUCAUCAAGUGAGUGUGUUAAGUGCAAGGAAAUACAAAAUGAAAAAUACCCUUUUCUUCAUCCUUGCUGCGGCUUUUUUAUUAGGAUAUAAUAUCCCACAUGUUGAAUCUAGAAUGAGUAUGGCACAAAUAAUAAACACUAUGAAACCAUUGGGCAAAACUUGUGCAGCCAAAACUGGACUUAGCAAAGAGUUACAAGACGGACAACACGAAGGACAAUUUCCAGAAGAGGAAGCUCUUAUGUGUUAUCAUACAUGUUUGCUUAAGAUGGCUAAAGUUGCUGACAAAACUGGAAAAUUAAAUAUAGAUGCGAUGGUUAAACAAAUCGAUAUGUUGCUGCCCGAAGAAUUGGUAGACAAAGCAAAAACAGCUUGUUCAGGUUGCGCCGAUGAAGUUACAGCUACUGAGGGUUGUAGACCGAGUUGGGAAUUCAUGAAGUGCUGGUACGGUAGAGCACCAGAGUUAUACUUCUUCCCGUAAAACAAAAUCAUAUAAAAAAAUGUAAUCUAUCAGUAAUGACAUGAAAUUAAAAAAAAAUUGUAUGAUAUUCUAUAGCAUAAAGACAAAAAAAUAUGUAUUUAUUUUUACAUAAGUAUGAUAAUAAAUAAAUUUUAAAGUAA